ACACAUUACGAUGACGUAAGUGAUCUCACCUAUGUACAGGUAUGGCGCGAGCAUAUCAUACUGCUCUCUCAAACUUGAACUAGGAAAUACGGAAGUGUAUGGCACAUUGCUUUCGACAUACUGUAGUUUUAAUUUCACUCCUUAGAAAUACUUUGGCUAUGUGAGAACAACAGAAGUGGGACCAGACACCAGUCUGCUUAAACAGCUUUACAAACUGUGGUCUCAGGAUGUCUUCAGCCGACCAAGAGAAUUCUGUUGCUUUGCAUGAACUGGAAAAUGGAAAUGAGCCUUUACUUCAAGCACAGUUUGGCUCAUUCCCUUCUCGAACAUGUGACUAUGUCCUGGUGGCUGACAUAAUUAAGGACCAGAAGGACCAAAUAUUCCAGAAGCAGGAUGCUUAUAUUAUGGAACUGAAACGAAAGAACAUUAAAGUGACUAGAAUUGAGCAUUUGGAUAAGGUGUUUUUUGGCAUCACUGCCCCCGAAGAGAUUUUUGAAAAGUACAAAUACUUACUAAAGGUCUCAGAUGCCUGUAACUGGAGUGGAGAGCAAAUGUCUGUCUCAUUCUCCACUAGAAUCAGGAUUGUCCACUUUGUUUUAAAACAUACAUUUAUAGGGAAAGGUGAGAGUCUUGAUGAUCUUCUGUGUCAGGGAGUAUUUGGGUCCAUGUUCUGUUUACAUGAGAAAAAAGAGCAGAAAAAUCUAAGAAAGGAGUGGGCAAGCUGGCUUGCAGUAUUUACGCUCUUUAAACAGCCCAUCAGUGAGGUGAAGGAUUAUUUUGGUGAGAAGGUGGCACUGUACUACCUGUGGCUAGGCUGGUACACACGGAUGCUCAUCCCUGCAGCUUUUAUUGGUGUUGUUGUGUUUUUGUAUGGCCUUGCCUUCUUCAAUACCAGUCCGCUUAUUAAAGAAGUCUGUGAAUCCAACAUCACCAUGUGUCCAAGAUGUGACAAGAGAUGCCAUGUGUGGAAACUGUCUGACACCUGUUCAUAUGCUAAGAUCAGCCAACUAUUUGACAAUGAAGGGACUGUGGCAUUUGCCAUGUUUAUGGCAAUUUGGGCCACACUGUUCUUGGAGGUGUGGAAGAGGCAUCGAGCUCUAUAUGUGUCAAAGUGGAAGGUGUUUGACUGGUGUGAGGAGGAGGAAGAGUUAAUUUUGGAGAUUGUAAAUAACCCCCAGUGUAAACCGAGAGAGUUCAAACACUCUUAUUGGCGCAGCAUACUGGUGCUGCUUUUGGUCACGCUAGUGUUGGUUGUGAUCAUUGGUCUGACACAUGCGCUGGUAAUCUGCCGUAUUAUAUCUGGAACACUGUGGUCAGAGAGCAAGUGGGAUUUCCUUCGUGAUAACGCCAGCACAUUAGCAAUGUUGACUGGUGCAGUGCUGCACUACAUUACUAUUCAGGUUAUGACUAAGGUCAACAGAUUUGUGGCCUUAAAACUGUGCACAUUUGAGAAGACUCGCUCAUCUGCUGCCAUAGAGAAGAGAUUCACUGUGAAGAUGUUUACAUUUCAGUUCUUCACUCUCUUCUCAUCAUUAUUUUAUGUGGCGUUUUUUCUGGGAAGAGUAAAUGGCUAUCCAGGAAACUAUGUUCGAAUAGGUGGGAUAGGUGGGUGGAGACUAGAGGAGUGUCAUCCGAGCGGCUGCCUCACAGAUCUCUUCAUCCAGAUGUGUGUUAUUCUAGUGCUCAAACAAACAAUCAACAACAUCAUUGAGUUCACAGUGCCCUGGUUAAAGCUCUGUUUUAAGCGGACAAAAGCCAAAACGAUACGCAGAAAGUGUGGCAACUGUUACAGGAAGGCAUGUCGAGAUGAUGGGAAUAACUAUGACCCAUGUGAUCAAUGCAAGCUUCGUAUGUGGCUGGACAAUUACCAACUGACUAAUGUCGAUUGUUAUAGCUUGUUUAAUGAGUUUUUGGAAAUGGUCCUUCAGUUCAGUUUCACCACCAUCUUCGUGGCUGCCUUCCCUUUGGCUCCACUUUUGGCUCUCAUCAAUAACAUAUUUGAGAUCAGACUGGAUGCCAUCAAGAUGGUUAGCCUUGAGCGCCGCCUAGUGCCCAAAAAGACCAAUGACAUUGGUGUGUGGACUAGAAUAUUAGAAGUUGUUGGGGUGAUGGCUGUCAUUGCUAAUGGGUUGGUGAUUGGCAUAACCUCUGACUUCAUCCCACGUCUGGUUUAUCGGUACCAUUACGGACCUUGUGCUAACGGCAGCAGUACUGGCCUGGAAUGUAUGACUGGGUAUAUCGAUGGCACUCUGGCAACAGCAUACACAUCCGAUGAAAAUGUGCGAAGAGACUUCUCUGUUAAACAAAUGAUAAUGGAAAAUGGAUUCAUUGCAACUCAGUGCAGUUACAGGGACUAUCGCAACAAUGAGGACCAGAGUCUCACACCUCAGUUUUGGCUUAUUCUGGCAGUCCGCUUCGCCUUUAUUAUUCUGUUUGAGCAUGUGGUGGUUUUGUGCAAGUUUGGUGCUGCUUGGUUUAUACCUGACAGUCCCAUCCGAGUGAAGAAUGCCAGGCUGGAGGACAAACUGAAGAGACUUAAAAAGGAACUUCAAGGAAUGAGUGCACAAUAUGACAGCAGAUCCACUGAAGUGUAAAGCCUGCACGUCCAAACCAGAUUCUGGGAAAUCACAUGGAUAUGAAACUUUCCCUUCUCUACAAUUGUAAGAUCUGUUGGUGUCACAAGGAGGUGGAGAUUUCUAUAUCUGACUGACAUCUCACUGGCAUUGAUCUGUGACUGCUCUGCCAAUUGGGAACUACCUAAGCUGUCAGCAUUAUUACAAUACAUUACUGGUGUUUGCCUCUUUACAGUUAUAGCUUUACAGUUUAUUUUAUUUGCUGCAGAUGGAUUCAAAGUACACCGUUGCUUGACUUAUAAAUGCAAAUGUAUUAAUUUAAUGUUUACUCUAUUUUUGAGCAGGGACAAAAUGGACUCUUUAAAAAGAACUGUGAAAGUUUGAAAAUGGGAAGAAAAU